GACGGCACAGCAGGCGGAGGAGAAGAGAAAGCUCUCGUGCUCGCGCGACGACGACGACGGCGACGGCGACCUCGGCCGCGGCGACGAUGAGCCCCAUCCGCGCCCUCAUCGUCCUCGCCGCCGUCCUGGCGGCGUGCCUCGGCCCCGCGGCAGCGGCGGACCAGCCCGGAUCCGGCGAGGGACACACCAUCGCCGGCCGCAUCAAGAUCGAAGCUGCAAGGGGCUUUGGUCUUCCAGCCAAGACAUCAAACACGAAAGUGAUACUUAAUGGUGGUCAGAAAGUUACGUUCGCCAGGCCAGACGGCUACUUUGCUUUUCACAACGUGCCUGCUGGGACUCAUUUGAUCGAAGUUUCCUCACUUGGCUACUUCUUCUCACCAGUUCGAGUGGACAUCAGUGCCAGGAAUCCUGGGCAUAUUCAAGCAGCAUUGACUGAGAACAGAAGAGUCCUAAAUGAGCUGGUUUUGGAACCUCUGAAAGAAGAGCAAUACUAUGAGAUGAGGGAGCCUUUCAACAUUUUGUCACUUUUGAAGAGCCCCAUGGGUAUGAUGGUCGGUUUUAUGGUCGUAAUGGUCUUUGUUAUGCCCAAGAUGAUGGAGAACAUAGAUCCGGAGGAGAUAAAGCAAGCUCAAGAACAAAUGAGGAACUCACCUGCAUCCUUUUCUGGCUUGCUAGCCAGGGCAAACAGCUAGAUGUAGAACAUGGGAACAAUAUGUUGUUUAAGUGUACUAUAAACUGCUUCAUGCUCGAGUCAGAUUAUUUUUUUCCCUGGGAGACUGGGACAAGGUGUAAACUCUUUUACCCACUUUUAAUGUGUUGUAAGAUGUAAUAGGUUUGUAAUGGAGAACCUUCUGAAACACCUGGCUGAAGUAGUCAACCAGUAUUUAUAGCUUACAUCGAGGUCAGUGUGUCAAA